UUAAAUUAUUUAGAUGGUUAUCAAGAUAUAUUAAACUUUUCAAUAAUGAAGAAAGUUACAAAAUAAGUGAUGUCUGCCAGAAAUUAUAUGUUUUCGGCACGUGAAAAAAGUAACAAAGUUAUUGACUGCUUGCCUCAGAUUUAUGAGCAGAAACAUUUUCAACGCACAUCGAGAAACUUACCAACUCAUUCAGCUAACUCCAGGAACUAUGUCAAUAGAAAUAUAAACUGUUCAUAUACGUUAAAUAAUCUAGUAUCGGACAAUCUAGAUCGAGUAGGGAGUCCAUAUUCCGACUUCUUUUCAGAAAGCGAAACAGGGACUCCAGACUUCCGCAGCGAAGAAAGUGACAGCAGUGCAGGAUCAGCUUUGAAUCGAAGCACUGCCGAGGCAACUAAAACUUUGGAAGAUGAGUGGGAGAGAAUAGAAAGGACAAUAUAUGACGAAGAUGGUGAAAAGUCCCAUCGUCCACAGAUUGUUGAGGAGUGUGAGCAAUGGAAACAGAUUCACCCACAACUCAGAGUUAUUGGAAAAUCUAUACCCAUCCCAGAUCGAAAAACAUUUUACAGAUACAAUGACCGAGAACAUGAGGAAGUUAUAGCAAUGCACUACAGUGACUAUGAACAGUUCAGUGAGAGUGAGGAGAGGCUCUCACAGAGUAGUACUGAUGUCACUCCACAAAACUCACCGAGACCUUACAUUGCUGAUGAUUUUUGGGAGUCUCCUGGCAUAUCUAGAUUUCCAAGGGAAAGAAGAUGUUACAGAGAUGAUGAGUCUGAUCUGUCUGAUACAUUUUGCUCACUUCUCCACAUCACACCUGUACAAAUGCACAGCCCAUUUAAAAAACGACAAAACCCAUCAAUAUUGCGAUCAGAUCUUGCUUCCUCAAAAUGGAUGAGGAACAGGAGGCCUGAUUCCUCUAUCAAUUAUGGGAGAAGCAGUGCUAAAUCUUUUAUUUCUUUGGAUGUGAAAAAUUAUAAAACCAUAAGUGCAUCUGAUAAUAGUAAAAUAAUAAAUGGCAGAGUGCUAACUGCCAGACAGAGAGAGAUGGCUAAGCUCGAACCUCUUUAUACUCCAGAAGCAAUAAAUGAAUUAUCAGGAUAUAGCAAUGAACACCAAUCUCACACACGAAAGGUAUCACUUCCUCCUUUAUUUGUAGAAGAUGACAGGAGAAAGAUAAACACCAGCUCAGCAAGAAAAUCUUCAAAAAGAAAAAUUGCUCCAAAAGUAGAAAGACUUCAUAGAUAGCCUUAUGGAAUAAUUGAGAUAAAAGGAAGACUGUAGUGAUUUAUUAAUAGGAGUUUCAUCCAAAAAAUAUGAAUUAGCUAGUCAAUUUGACAACUUGAAUAAUACAUGCACGGAAGUUGAGUCACAUUUAAAAUAAUUAAAAACUUUUGACAAACAUCAGCACACGAAAACACCUAGUUUUCAGGCUUUGAAGCCGUUGGUGGGUUAUUUCAUGUUUUAAUACUUUUAGAACCUUUCUUUACAUAUCCUCAAGAAGGAAAUCCCUCUUACUUAU